CAAGAUUGAAUUCUUCUAAUAAUUCAAUUAAACUAUACGUGAAGUAAGUCGAAUUUCAGGAAAAUGAUAGCUCUCUCUAUGGAUACACUCAAUUCAAAAAGCCAAACAUUUACUUACCUGGAAGGAUAUACGAUAAAAAUUAUUCUACCUGUAAGAAGCUCAUAUAACUAAUGAAUGUUCUGUGAAAGUAAUAUAUAUAUAUAAUUACAGUAUAAGGAUUACUUCAUAGAUUUCAGGCUAUUUUGAGAUUUUUUUUCUAUUGAAACCCUCGAUCUAUUAUAAGAUCCUCUUGUAAUAGAAGACCCCCGCGUGGAGCGAUGUGAAAUUUACAAUAGAAGACUCUAGUCUUCUGAAAAAAAAGAUUCAUUUAAAUCUUUCUAACCUUUUUUUUUUCGUUGAAUAACUAGUGGAUCCUGCUGAUUCGGGAAUGAAAGUUGCGAAUGAAUAGAAAAGAAAAUAAUAACUUACUUACCUAUAACAGAAGCAUAUUUUCGAAGGAGAAAGAAAAAUACUAUUUUCAGCUUGAAUUAAUACGAGAGAUGAAAAGAAGUAUAAAUUAUUGAAGCAGAGAACGGUUAAUAUUAAACCACAUUUGUAUCAACAGUGUUAUAUAUUUACUGAAAUAUACGUAUAUUAUUUGCACACACAUUAUGAAUCAUUUUUAUCCUCAUGUUCUUAUGGACAGUAAAUUUCAAACGAUAAGUUAGAUGAUAAAUUAAACCAUAUGUUUUCUGUCUAUUUUACUUUGUAUCUUCGAAAAAUAGAACAAAUAAUCAGUAUGUUCUCCAAACUUAUUAAUACCCAUGUAAAAAAAAUGACCUCAGUAAUCACAAAAAAUCUGAUUUUUAAUCGAUUAUAAUCAUACGAUUCUUAAUCAAUGGUUUACACAGAAAUAAUCAGAAAAAAAUCUGUUUUUUUUUCAAUUUGAUUAUAAUCGAUUUUUUUAACUCAAUUUCAAACCGAUUAUAAUCAAACUGAAAAAAAAACUGAUUUUUUUCUGAUUAUUUCUGUGUAAACCAUUGAUUAAGAAUCGUAUGAUUAUAAUCGAUUAAAAAUCAGAUUUUGUGUGAUUAUUGAGGUCAUUUUUUUACAUGGGUAGGAGUCUCGCUUUUCCCCCCUUAUGUCUUAAGCAAAAGUCAAAACGAUCAAAAUGAGAUGAAAAAGUUCUAAAGGUAGGGUGAAAUUAAGAAGAACAAUGGGUUGGAUACCAGAAAUCAGCCAUUGAGAAAAUUACCAAAGUCCAUAAAUGCACUUAACGUUACGUCACUUUUCCCGUUCGCACGGCGAGAGUAAGACGUGUUGUCUUUCCUCUCGUAUAUGUACAAAAUAUACAAAUAUACAAAUCGUGUCAAGUGAAAAUUUCAAAUAAAGAGAAAUUAUUUAUUUAUAAAAAAUGGAAAAUACAAAAUCAAAUGAAUAUAAUGAAAUGACAAGUGAAGAAAAAGACAGCUUAUGUGAUAACAAUAUUAUUAUAAUACAAGAUUUAAUUUCAAAACAUAAUAGACUAAAACAAAACAACAGAAAUUUUGAAUCAAAACGAAAAUGAAAAAGAUAAUUCAAAACAACAAUUCAAAAGGCAACUCACUUCUACAAGUCAAUAUGGAGAUGAUUUAAAUGUUGAUCAAGAUAGUACUUUUCAAGUCAUUACAAAUCCCAAUAAAAGAAAACAACAAAAAUUAAAUAAUAGAAAUUUACAUAAAGGUAUUGACAAUGACAAUGUAUACUUUAUCGACCACAAUAGUCCGCGAACAACAUCAAAUAAUAACGGACGUUUAUUCUUUAACAGAAACAGAAAAACAAACGAUUAUACAUUAGAUUAUUCAUAUGAACAGCAAACUGAAAAGAAUCAUCGUGACAAGAGAAACGAAGAAAAAAAUAUAUGUCAAACUUUAUCAGCUGAUGAUGAAUCAGAACGAAAUAAUAUUAAUCAAAUGAAAAAUGAUAAAUAUCAUAACACAAAUAACACAAACAUUAAUAUCUCCCAACAUGCAUUAAACUAUGCAAUUGAACAACACCUUCCACUAAUCUACAUUAAAUGUAACCCAAAAGUAUCAGAUAAUACAAAAGCAAAAGGAAUAAUAAAUGCACUAAUUACACACAUAAAAGAUAAUUUUUAUAAAUUAAAUAAAUAUUAUAAUCAACCUUUGGGUUUUGAAUAUUGA